AUGGGAAAGCCAAUUCAAUUUUACUGUAACAAUGAUAAACAGAAUGUGUUGCGAAUAUUUGUGAUCAGGCAUGGACAAACAGCGGAAAAUAUGAAUAAAGUGUUACAAGGACAUAAAGACACUUCUUUGAAUGAAACUGGAUAUGAGCAAGCAGACAAAUUAGGCAGUUAUUUAGUGAAUGAACAAGAUAUCAAAUUUGAUAAGGUAAUAUGCAGCGAUUUGAAAAGGUGUCAACAGACGAUCAAGCAAAUUCUUGGGCAUUAUGACGAACACAAUCGGCCGGAGGUUGAGCUGACAUACAGAUUACGAGAACGGUUUUUGGGGCCAAUCGAAGGCAUGGUGCUGGAAAAUGCUGAAAAAUAUGCAACUGCCAAUGGCAAGGGCUCCUUUAAGGACUUUGGCGAACAGCUAGAUAAAUUUGAGACUAGGAUUGUGUCCAAAGUGAAGGAGGUGGUUGGUGAGUGUCAGAACAUGAAAAAUAUUGCGCUUAUUACCCAUGGUGGUUCGAUUAGGCAACUUCUAAAAAGCUUAAACUAUAACGAUAUCCCGAUACACAAAGUAACAGUAUUCAAUACGUCAGUGACAAUAAUUGACUAUAUUAAAGACAGUAGCACUUUCGAAGUAAGACGUGUGGGCAACACGCAGCACUUGGGCGACGGGCUAUUUAUUGUCAACGACUCUAGAUUACGCUAG